AUUAAUAAUACAAAUAAUAAAAGCAUUGGCAAGACAUGUUAAACGAAAUCUUUGUUGUUACUUUUCAAUUAAGAUCAAAAAGUAAUCAAUGUAUUAAGAUAAAAUGAAGAAAUCCAAUACUUUUCGUGUUAUAUAGAAAGAAAAUUCUUAUUGGAAACAGAGAUGUUUGGUAAUUUUAACUUGAUAUGUAAGAAAAGGAUGUUGUAAAUAUCAUUUUAAAAACUAUACUUGGAAUCAAAGCGAUCUAAAAAACUCAAGUUCAUUUCUCUAGUUGUGGAAAUGGUAUUUUGCAUCUAUCUCGUUUUCUAUAAAUUUUAGGGUUUAACAUAUGUCAUUUUUCAUGAGAGAGAGAGAGAGAGAGGAUAUGGAAGACAUUAACCAUUUUAGUCAUAAAGACCAUCCAUUAAUGCUUGUCAACAUUGAGACGAUUGUUGGUGCUAGUUUCGAAAAUGGUGAUGAGAAACCAGAAGCCAUAAGUUGCUACGCAUGUCAUAAACACAUAUCAAGUGGUUUUGUCUACGGUUGCACCCAAUGCCGUUACUUUAUGCAUAAAGCAUGUGCACAACUUCCGCCCACUAUUGACCACCAUUCCUUAUAUAAGCAACCUCUUACACUAGUCGAUUGUAAAGCCAUGCAUUUCAGAACUUGGCGUUGUGACGUGUGUCGUCAAAACAAAGUUUUAGGGCUUUUCUAUUUCUUUAUGAGACAUGACAACAUUUAUUCGUUUACAGCUUGCAUUGAUUGUUGUGUUGUUGAGCUUGUUCGUAAGGCAGAAAUCGAUGCUAUCAAGGAGGAGGCAAGGAUCAAGAUAGAACAUGAAGGACACCCACAACACACUUUGACCCUCCAGUUAAGACCUGGUGCAUUCCGUUGUGAUGCUUGCAAUGCUAAGAAUGAAGGAUUAUUCUAUCAGUGUGAUAGUUGUGACUUUUGGAUCCACAAGACGUGUACUUCCUUAGCCCCUACCAUCCAUUUCCCCAACCAUCUUGAUCACCCACUCACUCUUGUCUAUUCUCUUCCAGAAAAGUUCUUUAAUUUCUCAUAUUAUUGUGAAAGUUGCAACAUAUAUAUCCGAUGGAAUGAGUGGUUGUACCAUUGUGCAAACUGUAGAUAUUUUGUGCAUAUCAAGUGUGCCUUAGACACAAAGCAACUUUCAACUUCAAGAGGUAAUCCAAGUACAUCUGCCACGGAGGAAGACAUAAAUGAUUCGUUGCAUUUUCCCAUGUCACAAGUUUUUACGGAUCCACUGAAAUUACUACAUUUUGAAAAGACAAGUCAAGAUGAUGAUGGAGAAACUAAUAUUAACCAUUGGAGUCAUGGUCAUCCUUUAAUCCUUAAUGUUGAACCUUACCCUAACACGUCUGAUAUCAACUGUAGUGAUCCGAUAGAGGUAUGCCAUGGGUGUGUACGACCCCUCUCCUUUCCAUACUAUAGUUGCAAAGAUGGAUGUUCAUUCAUUCUCCACAAAUAUUGCGUUGAGUUACCACUCAAAUUACAACAUCCACUUCACCAGGAUCAUUCGCUUGACUUGAUAAACACAUGGGGACAACAAAUUUACUGUAGAUGCAAUGGUUGUGGUAGCUUUGGCAACACGUUUUUAUACAGAUGUGAAACUUGCAAGUUCAACCUCGAUGUCAAUUGUGCCUUUCUACCUAGAACCAUCAAACACAAAUCCCACAAGCAUCCUCUUAUCCAAGUUAUGGAUCCUGACCCUCUUUGUAAUGCUUGCAACAUGUGGAAUGAUCAUAUAAGCUAUGCCUGUAAGCCUUGCAACUUCAUAUUGGACAUGUAUUGUGCAAUGAGAUCACCAGAUUCCCUUGGUCAUAGGUAUUGCAAAGGACAUGAAAUUCCAUUGACAUAUCCCCCAGUCAUGGAUCAUCCUGAAGAUUUCUAUUGUGAUAUUUGUGAGGAAGAAAUGCACCCCAAGUUACCCCUCUAUUAUUGUGGAAAAUGCAAAAAUUCUUUUCACCUUUAUUGCAUUAAUCGAUUUAAGCGUUUUGCAAACGUUUUCCACGAAGGCACCUUCAAUGUUCCCUAUCAUAAACAUCCAUUAACAUAUGUCCGAAGAAAUAAAACGCCCAAGUAUGUGUGUUGUAAUUGUAAUCAAGAUAUUAAUGGUUGUUUGAUCCUAGAAUGUCAGAGUAGAGUCUGUAGUUUCAAUAUAUGCUUUGAAUGUGAUUAUAAUAAGGAAAUGGGUCCUUAAUCAUGUCAUAUGAUUAGGAACUAAGAA